AUGGGAGAAUGGACCAUUUUAGAGAGGCUGCUGGAGGCUGCUGUCCAGCAGCACUCCACUAUGAUUGGCAGGAUCCUGCUGACUGUGGUGGUGAUCUUCCGUAUUCUUAUAGUGGGAAUAGUGGGAGAAAAGAUCAUCCUGGUGUGCACUCCGAGCUUGUGCUUCAUCACAUACUCUGUGCACCAGUCAGCCAAAGCACGAGACCGCAGCUAUUCUCUGCUGCAUUCCCACAUGGACCACUAUGGACAUGGCCACAGCCGCCACCAUGACCACCAUGCCCGCAAACUGCACUCACGCAACAUCAACGGCAUCCUGGUGCACCCCGACAGCAAAGAGGACCACGACCUCCUGGACGUGAAGGAGAUCCCAAAUGGGCCCAGCAGGGGCCUGCCUGUCACAAAGAGCGCCAAGCUUAACCACCUCGGCUGGAGGAAGAUAAAGACAGCCAUCCGAGGGGUACAAGCUCGCAGGAAGUCCAUCUGCGAAGUACGUAAGAAGGAUGUUUCCCACCUGUCCCAGGCUCCAAACCUGGGCAGGACCCAGUGCUCUAGACUGCACUGCACACUGGGAUUUCACCUGGCAAAACACCUCUACACAAACAUGUCAAACAAAGGUCCCUCAUACGGUCUGAGCCGCGAGGUGCAGCAGAAAAUUGACAAGAAAUAUGACCAGGAGCUGGAAGAGCGGCUGGUGCUGUGGAUCAUGGCCCAGUGUGGUGCAAGUCAACCUGAUUCGGGGAAGACUGGCUUCCAAAACUGGCUCAAGGAUGGCUGUGUGCUGUGUGAACUCAUCAACAGUCUCCAUGGAGCAAACAAGCCCAUAAAAAGCAUCAAGACAUCCUCUAUGGUAUUCAAACAAAUGGAACAAAUAUCUAUGUUCCUUCAAGCAGCGGAAAAAUAUGGAAUCACCAAAACGGAUAUGUUUCAGACUGUUGAUCUUUAUGAAGGGAAGGACUUGGCUGCUGUACAGAGAACCCUGAUGGCGUUGGGCUGCCUGGCUGUCACAAAGGACGACGGACUCUACAAAGGAGACCCCAACUGGUUUCACAGAAAAGCCCAAGAGAACAAGAGGGAAUUCUCAGAGGAGCAGCUGCAGCAGGGUAAAAAUGUUAUUGGUCUACAAAUGGGCUCAAACGCAGGAGCCUCUCAGUCCGGGAUGACGGGCUACGGUCAGCCACGGCAGAUCAUCAACUGA